AUGGCUAAAAGAAAAUCAGUUGAAGCCCUUGACAAGAUGUUACAAGACAUAACAAAUAACGGCCAUUUUUUUGGUGGAAAAGUCAUUGUCUUUGGUGGUGACUUUCGUCAGACCUUACCGGUAAUCACACAUGGUACCAGAGAAGAUAUCAUAGAUACCAGUCUUGUCAUGUCACCAUUAUGGAGCAAAGUCGAAAAGAUCAGAUUAACAGUCAAUAUGAGGGCAAGACUUGAUCUAGAUUUCUCAACAUUCUUGAUGAGAAUUGGAGAUGGAAUAGAGCAAACUACUGAUGAAGAUGAAGUUCAGAUACCAGAAUCAAUCAACAUUUCUUUUCAAGAUGAUGAAACUUCCAUAAAUGCUCUGAUUGAUACUGUGUUCCCAAAUAUGGAGUACAUUACUUCAACAACAUCAUAUAUCAUCAAUCGAGCAAUAUUGAUGACAAGAAAUGACUUUGUUCAUCAGAUUAAUCAUAAGUUGAUAAUGAAAUUUCCAGGAGCAGAGAGAACCUACUUCAACAAUGAUGAACCAUUACACUCUUCAGUACAAUUCCAAGAUCAAGAUCUAUUGCAUUCUCUUACACCUAAGGGCCUUCCUUUGCAUGAGCUAAUACUGAAAAAGAACUGUCCAGUGAUGCUUCUCAGAAACAUCAAUCCAAGUGAGGGCCUAUCAAAUGGUACACGCCUAAUCUGUAAGGAAUUUUCGAAUAACAUAAUUCAAGCACAGAUAGCAUUUGGCUCUUUUGCAGGAAAAAUUGUUUUCAUUCCAAGGAUACCAUUACAAGCUUCUGAUGAUGAAUUGUCUUCAGUACAGUUCAAGAGAACUCAAUUUCCACUGCGCUUGUGUUUCGCAAUGACCAUUAAUAAAGCUCAAGGACAAACACUUGAUUAUGUUGGACUUUACCUCAGAGAACCAGUUUUUUCCCAUGGACAACUUUACGUUGCUUUGUCAAGAGCACGGACAGCUACUAACAUUAAAGUUCUGAUACAGCCACCACACGGACAAAGAGAAAGCACCAAUUUGACACGAAAUGUUGUCUAUCAAGAAGUGCUUUCAGCAGUAGCUAAUAGCUAA